GAAUAGGCUUGACUCUUUGCUUGCCAGGGACUCAGUAGGCAGUUCAGCUCCACAGUGCAAAGGACAAUAUGGAAAGUAGCCCCCAGUCACAUAGUCAGCAGACCCUCUGGAAAGAUGUGGAGGAGGGGAAAGACAAGAAAGCCAGGCACCAGUGUUACCAGAGGGCGGCCAUCGCCCUGUCCCUGAUGUUCCUCCUGCUCACGGUCGGUGUCUUCAGUCUGAGGCAUUUCUGGAACCCAACUCUAGGAAAGGUUUAUGAUCAGGAAUACACAGCACUGGUGGAUGGAGUGGAGACAGACAGCCUGAUGGAGAUUGAUCCUGUCCACCGUGUGGAGAUCUUCAGGAUGGGCAAUGACACAGAUGAAAUCCUGGAGGUCCACGAUUUCAAGAAUGGCAUCACCGGGAUCCGAUUCUCCAAGCACCGGAGAUGCUACAUCAAGACGCAGGCCAAGGAGCUGCCUCCCAUCGCAGAUGCAGAGGCCGGGGAUGUGGAGAUCGAGGUUGGGGAGCUGGAGACUGUGGACGUAAAGGUGGAGGACUCGCAGGUAUGGGUUCCGUCCGAGGAGCCCAUUACCAACCACGCCUUCCUCCUGGAGUCCAAGAUCUGGGAGGUGUGCCGGGAGCUGCCCAUCCACUGGAUCCACCCCGCGCCACUCCGAGAGGCUGAGUUCCAUGACGUGGAGGACGUGGAGGACACGCCCGACGAGGACGCCCGAGGUCAGCGCAAGGCCAGGGACGUCUUGGAUCACGUGGCAGUGAACGACUAUAGAGAAAUCGGACUCGAGCUCACCAACGCCCUGGACGAACAAGGCUACUGCUGCCAACACUGUCGCCGUGGCUACCGCCACUGCCAGCGCUAUCACGAGCCGCUGGGCGGCUACUGGCCCUAUCCGUACUACUACCAAGGCGGCCGCGUCAUCUGCCAAAUCAUCAUGCCGUGCAACUGGUGGAUCGCACGGAUGCUCGGCCGAGUUUAGACUGAGUCGGCGCGGCUCCACGUCCGCCUGGCUGACUGAAAGAUUAAUUGGUGCUGGUGCUAACGCAGCUCAGGAUAUCUGAUAUGCCUUAGCCUACUUCAUGGUUUUUGCUGGGCUGGGGAGCAGUAAUGUUUUAUGUAAAUCACUCUCUAUCAGUGGAGUACACAAACAAACGCUAAUUUGAUGUUUCAUGAGAUUAACUCUAAGCAGAGACGGAACCAUGAGUGCUUGCUCAGCCAUUUUGCCUCUGUUGCCUUAUUCCACUGCAUUUAUUUGCAAAUUGGCUUUCCAAUGUUUUGUGCAAUGAAUCUUGCGUGACUUGUUUUUUCAAUCAACGUUUCUUUCUUGGUGAAAAAUCAUCUGUUGCAGAUGUAAACAAACUGGGGCACCUUUCUUGAUGUUGAAUUUUUAAGAACUUUAGAAGUAAAUGUUUUCUUUUCACCAAACUUUUGUUUGCAUGAACCUCCUGAUCUUUCUUUAUUUAACAGAUGGGUGUGUGGGGUUACCAAUGUACUUGUAUUCUUUUUCUAUUAGACAUUCCAUACUUUUAAGGACUUUUACUGGAAAUUAGCAUGUACAACAUUUAGCUGUACUGCGUACAGUACAUUGUGUUUUUAUCCACGGUAUACUAAUGUAGAAAUAUGUGAAUUUAAUGUCUUCAAAUGAAAUAAAAUGUCCAUAUUUACAAGCCCAAGUUUCAUCUUUUUAUUCCCGUUU